GCGCGCGGAGCGGGAGCGCGCGGGGCAGGGCGCGAGCGCCGGCCGCUCCCGGCGUCCACGCCGCCUCCACUGCGGCGGGGCGUCUACACCGCCGCCCCUCCCUCGCCGUUGCCUUUUCCGCCCCCCACUUCGGGGGGGAUUUUUUUGGUGGGGGGGAGAGAUUUUCCCCCCCCCUUUAGCGUUUUUUCCAUCUCCAACGUUGCCUUUUUCGUGCGGUUUUGGGGGGGGGUGGCCCGCAUCGACCUCGCCGGCGAAGGGGCGUCGUUGGGGGAGGUGUGAGCGUCGUCGGGGGAGGGGUCGGGGCGGUUUGGGGGGGAGGGGGUCCGGCCCCCCCACCCCGGGGAAGAUGCUGCUGUCCAAGUUCGGGUCCCUGGCGCACAUCUGCGGCCCCAACGCCGUCGACCACCUGCCCGUCAAGAUCCUGCAGCCGGGCAAGGUGGAGCGGGAGGCCUUCGAGAAGGUGUACCAGGUGGGCUCCUUGCUGGGCAGCGGCGGCUUCGGCACCGUCUACGCCGGGAGCCGCAUCGCCGACGGGCUGCCGGUGGCAGUGAAACAUGUGGUGAAGGAGCGGGUGACCGAGUGGGGCACCAUUGGCGGCACGGUGGUGCCCCUGGAGGUGGUGCUGCUCAAGAGGGCGGGCGCCGGCUGCCGCGGCGUCAUCAAGCUGCUGGACUGGUACGAGCGGGCGGACGGCUUCCUCCUGGUCAUGGAGCGGCCCGAGCUGGCCAAGGACCUGUUCGACUUCAUCACGGAGAAGGGCGCCCUGGACGAGGAGGUGGCCCGCGGCUUCUUCGCCCAGGUGCUGCAGGCCGUCCACCACUGCUACAGCUGCGGCGUCGUCCACCGCGACAUCAAGGACGAGAACCUGCUGGUCGACCUGCGCACCGGCGAGCUCAAGCUCAUCGACUUCGGCUCCGGCGCCCUGCUCAAGGACACCGUCUACACCGACUUCGACGGCACCAGAGUGUACAGCCCCCCGGAGUGGAUCCGUUCUCACCGCUAUCACGGCCGCUCGGCCACGGUGUGGUCCCUGGGCGUGCUGCUCUACGACAUGGUGUGCGGGGAUAUCCCCUUCGAGCAGGACGAGGAGAUCCUGCGGGGGCGGCUCUAUUUCCGGAGGAGGGUGUCCCCCGAGUGCCAGCAGCUCAUCAGGUGGUGCCUGUCGCUGAGGCCGUCGGACCGGCCGACCCUGGAGCAGAUCUUCGACCACGCCUGGAUGGGCCGGGCGGAGGGCGGGAAGCCGGGGGGCCGCGAGAUCCACCUGCGAGCCAUCGACCCCGACGCCUCCAGCACCAGCUCCAGCAACGAGAGCCUGUGAGGGGCCGGGGGAGCCUCCUCCGGGCCCGGGGACCCCCCCCCCCCCCGGGGGAGGGUCGGGGGGGCCCGGGUUGGGGGAAGGGGAGCCCGGAGUCCCGGACGCUCCCCCGUGCCGCCGACCCCUCCCUCCCGAACGCGGUCGUCGUACUUCUGUAGCGGAACCCCUGUCCGAGAGACUCGAUUUCUGCCCCCUUCCCCGCCCGCCCUGCCCUUUCCGGAUUCUUCGGUUUUUUAAAAAAAUUUUAUUUGGGGUUUUUUGUUUUUUUUUAAAAUUUUGAUUUUUUUUUUUUCUUAAUUUUAUCCUUUUUGGGGCCGGUUUCUGCUUUGAAAGAGGGAUUUCCCCAAGGUGGGGGAGCGGGGGACUCCGGGAGCAGCGAGCCCGUUCAGAAAGCGCAAGACGGACUUUGUUUACAAAAGCGGUGACCUCUUGGAAUACACGGUAUAACCCCUUUUUGCUCUCAUAGAGCUGGGACUAGAUUUUAUUUGCUUUUUUGAGUGCCUUUUUGAACGCUGCUUCAGUGGGACUUUAUGUUUUGAGCUGUGUUAUGUCCAAAGAAGACCAGUUCAUUGCAGGACAUUUCCACCGGGUUCCUGUGGUGCGACGGAGAGACGUGUUCAGUGACGGACCGGAGGGACUCUCCCCUUCAUCCUCGCCCCGGGAUGGAGGGUUUGAACACGGACGUUUCUCACGCCCGCACGCGUACACACCCCCCCCCCCCACACACACACCUACACACACGUACACAUACACACAACACGCGCGCACGCCAUCUCAGCUGCUCCACGAUCUUCCCCCCACUCUUCCCCCCUCAGCCCGCACAGAACUCCGAACAGGUGUUUAACCGCUUUCUCUCUUCAAUCAGGAUGACCCACUCAUUUUUUAUUUCCUUUCCCCCCCGCCCUCCGGUUCCUCAUCUCCUUUCUCGACUCCCCCCCCCCCCGCCCCGUCCACCCCGCGAAACCUGAAAAACAAAGUAUGUAUGGGCUUGUUAAAAUGCACGAUCAAUGCAAUAUCUGAGACUUUCCCUUUUCCAUACCUGUAUAAUGUAUUUAUGUAAAUUGGGUUCAACCUCCCCCUCCUCCCUCUCGUGUAUUAUAUCGUUUUAUUUAUUACGUGACCAUGUAGGAGACCUCUCGCAGUGAUCUGUGGCUAUUUAUUCGGUUAAUUUAUUGGUUUUAGAGUCCUAUAACAUUGUCCUGGUGGUCCAAACACACACGCACACGUACACACACACAAACACACACAAACACCCCUCCCCCCCCCCCCCAAUCUUUUAUUUCAGCAUUCCUGUCAACUUUCUGUAAAUGUUUUGAUUUCUCCCUUUUUUUGGGGGGGGGGGGGGGCAUUGUUUUUUCCUGACCAGUUUCUGUCGGAGGACGGGAAAUCGUACAAAGUCUAAUUUAAGGGAAAUAGAAUGAGGUUUUUUUUUUGUGUGUGUGUGUGUGAGUGGGUGGGUGCGUGGGUGGGUGCGUUUUGAAGUUGGGCGGGCUUUAGGCCGCUCGGAAGGGUUUUAAAUUAUUGACCUUGUACAGUCUCUGUGUGUUGGCUCUGGAAGAGAGAGGGGCAGGGUCAUCACCUUUAAAUUAAAUUAUUUUCAUGGCUGUGUGCUUGGCUCCGGCACUGCAGCCGGGAUUGGAAUUCUUCCCCCAACCCCCCUCCGACUCUUCAGUUUAACAGUGUGAAAUGUAUGGAGAUCAUAUUUUUUUAUACAGGUAUUUCAAUUAAACUUUUUUUGUAUAUAACA